AUGACUUCGAUCACUCAACUGCUUUCUCCCUGGCCUGUGUCUAAGCAUUCAAUAGUUCUUCGUGAUCAACCACACUACCCUCCACCACCGUCGAUGCUGCCAGAGUCGCUCGAUGUCAUGCAGCAACAUCAGCCCUCACCGCCGAUGGAUCUGGCCCAUAACGACAACGUGACCGGAAGUGCGGAGAGCGACCAGGGCGAAAAUACUGGCGACGGCCGAAAGGGCUAUGGAAAGCGAGAGUUGAGCACCAGCAAGAGAGCUGCUCAGAACCGGGCUGCCCAGAGAGCAUUCCGCCAGCGCAAAGAAGGAUACAUCAAGAAGCUCGAGGAGCAGGUUCGAGACUACCAGGCUCUCAGCGAAAACUUCAAAGCCGUCCAGGCAGAGAACUACCAACUUCGAGACUACAUCAUCAAUCUCCAGUCACGUCUCCUGGAGUCUCAAGGUGAAGUGCCGCCUCCACCAAGUAAUGUCGAUGGACUUCAGCCUGGCAAGGCUGGCCCUCCCCAACAGCCAGGCACGUUGCCGCGACUUUCUGAAUUGAAUGCCGUUGUCGGUCAACCACAAGAUGGCAUCGCUCAGCUUCAUCACGAGGCUCAUCGCUACCCAGACCCAACGUACUCAGAAUCUCAGGACAUCAAGCGUGCUCGGACAAAUUCAGCUGAAAUGACUUCGUCUCAGGCUGCUUUGCAAGGCCCGUCAAUUCUGGCGCAGUCGUCAACAGGCGCUCGGUAA